CUCUAAGGUUCUUUUUAUUUAAAAUAAUUUGCCACCCUUUGAAAGGUAGUAGUUAUAUACAGAGGUGAAAGAAGAAAAAGUAAAAUAUAUAUGUAUAGCAAAGAAAGUGAGUAGAUAAUUAAGUGAAGAAAAUAUGUAUAGAUUCAGCAACACAGUGAUAGGUUUCUUGAAUCUAUUCACACUGUUAGCAUCAAUUCCAAUCAUAGGUGCUGGAUUGUGGAUGGCAAGGAGCAGUACAACAUGCGAGAAAUUCCUUCAAACACCACUCUUGUUCAUAGGUUUCAUAAUUCUCAUAGUUUCAUUGGCAGGUUUCAUAGGAGCUUGUUUCCAUGUUGCAUGGGCACUUUGGCUCUACUUGUUUGUCAUGUUGUUCCUCAUAGGGGCAUUGAUGGGGCUAACUGUUUUUGGUUUUGUGGUAACAAGCCAAGGUGGUGGACUGGAUGUGCCUGGCAAAGUAUAUAAAGAGUAUCAUCUUCAGAAUUACUCAUCAUGGUUGAGAAAGAGGAUUAAGGAUCCUCAGUAUUGGGUCACUAUUAGAGCUUGUAUUUUGGGUUCCAACACUUGUGGUACUCUUAUUACUUGGACUCCCUAUGAUUAUCUUACCAAAGACUUGACUCCUAUCCAGUCAGGAUGUUGCAAGCCGCCAACAGCAUGCAACUAUGGAUUGACAACAAUGACACAGGAGGCAGAUUGUUACCACUGGAACAAUGAUCCUAAUUUGCUGUGCUAUAAUUGUGAUUCUUGCAAGGCUGGAGUUCUUGAAGAUGUGAGAAGGGAUUGGCAAAAGAUAUCAGUUCUUAACAUUGUCAUGCUUGUCUUACUCAUUGGGAUUUACUCCAUUGGUUGUUGUGCUUUCCAAAACACCAAGAGGGCUGUAUCCGAUUACCCACAUGGUGAAAACCGUAUGUAUAAAGUCCGACCCAGAUGGGAUUUCUAUUGGUGGAGAUGGUGGCACGACAGGAGACAUCAGCUUUAUUAGACCAAAACUUGGCACUUCGUUUGGUGCACAAUAUCGUUCUCCAAAAGCAACAUAUCAUCAAAAGUGAUGCUAAUUAGUACUCUCUUUGUUUUCCUCAUUUAGCAGGGUUUUUUCCACAGCUUGCUUUGAUCGCCUUUUCUGUACAAAGAAAAGAUUUUACUACUUUAUUUCACAUUCUACGCUUUCCUUUUCCACCUUUUUAUGUUUAGUCUAGCUUUUUCAAUUUUGAAAAUAACAAAAUUAAGUAUAUUGAUACAUA